AUGCCUUCCAUUCAUUUGCGCCCAUCAGACGAGACCAUCUCUUCUGCCAGCGCCUCCCCUGCCUAUCGCGGCGGCACACCAUCCCGCGAACCUCCGCUCCUUAAUUCGCCUGCACCUCAGGAUGAUGGUGCUGCUCUACAUGCGACCUCAACGGUGCCUCGGACCGUAUCUGAACGGCUGGAUCGCGCAGCGCGUGCACGACAGGCCCUGCAUGAUGCACUGGCACGCACAGAGGCAGUCCGUCAGACGCUUUCCGUCCGCCUGCCAGAGCUGCAGGUGGCGUUCGAGACAAUGCGCGCAGAGGCGCAGCCCACCCUACCCGAUUUGAAAUUAUGGAAGGUGACCCUGCGCCACAACGUGUGCUUCGAGACACCGCCGGCUCCCGCACGCCCCAAAACAUUCUCCCACCAUCACUCGCGGUCAGAGUCCGCGCUCGAGGAGCGAAUCGCCCAGAUUCGAAUGCAGGCUCUUCCUGCUUAUCCAUCGGUGCCUGCUGCCUCGGCUCCCGCAGGGUCUUCGCCCUUGCCAGUGGCUUCGUCAUUCAGUGACGGCGGUCCAGCCAACAAGCUGCGCCAGCCUUCGCAGAAGGGAGCGUGGUAUGUGGAUGCUAUUGAGACGAAGAAGCAAAUAGCGGUACCGGAACGUCGCUUACCAGCAGCGCGCAAGCCGAUUGGACAGAACAUUGCAGGCCCAGCCCCUCCAGACAGGGCACCCAAGGUCACAAUGCCGGGCAAGGUAUCCCGCAGGGUGUCCGCUGCUCGGACAAGACGAUCUACACUGCUCUUUAGGCAGGAUGGCGUGGAUGAUGAAGUCGACAAGAUUGUUGAGACCAUCGAGAACGGCUCGCCCUGGUACGAAGGCAGCACAGCCAUACCUGGGUCGAGGGCCAGACUACUCGGUGCACCGUCAUCCAUGGUGAAGAGGACGAAUGCCCAGCAAACUGAGGCCUCGGUCGACAAACGUGACAGUCCUUCCAACACAGAUGACAAGAAGCAACUGUACUCGGGGGCCGAGCAUAAUUUGGACGACGAACCAUACUACGAAGGACACAGUGUAACUUUGAGAGACAUCCUCAUCAAGGCGGGGACCGGAGAUAUCACUCAAUUGAACCUGAUGGAGGGCGACGACGAACCAGAGGACGAGACAUUCCAAUGGGAUUAAGAGGCUGUACGAUGCGCGGAACUUAAUUGUAUCGCGCGGCACACCAGAUCGUCUGGCUGCGUUGAGGCCA